AUGACGACUUAUACGCUCGAAGUUUUGGCAAUCCCACGCCAGGAAGCCUAUGCGGACGACUCAAGCAUGAUGUACGCAUGGUUCAGACCAACUUUCGCAAGUGACUUCACGCCCAUUUCUCCCGGCAAUCUUUUUGGUCAACUCAAGACCGACAUUGUCGGCCAUCUCAAGCGCUUGUACGAGAAGGCCAAUACGCGGGUUAGCAAUUACAAGGUUGCAAGGUCCCACAAGGAGGAUCAUGUAGUUGGGUGGGCGCAUGCAAUGCGCGCUGUCUACGAGCGCUUCCAGCAAGCCAUGGCCUGGCGCGACAUCGUCAUAAUCGUUGCUGAAUAUCAGCGCCGGUUUCUCGAUAUCUGGGCGGUUAUAGACUAUUACGAAAUUAUCGAGCCUCGCAUGCGAUUCGUCGACACUACGCACAAGGUUAACCCCAAAUGGAUGGGUUGUUUCACCGAAGAUGUCGCUAUCGCUACGAAGGUGCACGCUGCUGGAGUUCCUGUCUGGCUUAUUCGCGAUGCCAGACUUGUCAAUGCCAACAUGAACAUCGUCAAAGUCGUUUCCUUCACACCACCCGAUGACCUCGUCAUCGGCAUGUAUCAUGAUCCCGUCAAACUCUUCGCCCAACCAUUCGACAUCAUCAACAGAGGUCCCAAUAAUCGCAAGCGUCAUGAGGCCGCUCAUGGUAACGAGGGAGUCAUUGGUAGGAAGGCGCGCGUAGACAAAGGGAAGGCCAAAAUGAGUGCCAAGCCUGCGCCGUACAAUGCAACCGCUCCGCGUCAGAAUAAAGCUGUAUCUGGCCGUGACAAGUGGUCUGAUAUAGAUCACCCUUAUAUGCCGCCAAUGAACUCUUUCUUCAAGAUAGCGUUGGAGGACGCAAACAAAGAUAUUAUUCGCAUCAAGCAUCCCAGAGACAAAAUGGAUGAUGGGUACUCGCUUCCCGAUCCAGGUUUAUUCGUUAACGUUCUUUCCCCGCAAUCCUUGGCCUCGACCUCUCCUCGCGCCCAGAACUGGCGCGAUUUCUUGAUAUCUCAGCACGCUCAGGAACCUUCGAACACGCGGACGUCCGGCAAGACCAGCAAGUCGAAAGCAGCGACUGCUUUACUUUUCCAAAAGGAAGUUCCGGUACUGCGGGCCUUGUGGGCAGGACCCACAAAUGUUCACUGGCGUGGAAAGGAUAUAGCCAUUUCCACGCUCGACAAUCCCCCCGCAGAUCUCGCACGCCAAAUCGUAUAUGAAAUCUGUGAGCAAAGUUUUCGAUAUGAGCUUCUGGACCUGGAUGAGCAUCUUGGGCGCGAUGCACGUAAGGACAAGGAGGCGAGGAAGGAAAGGAUGGAGCUUCUUCGUAGCAUCUUCCUCGAAGUCGUUGAAAAGAACGACGGACUCAAUGCGCCAUCUUUCGACGCCGCUUUACCAUAUUUCGAAAGUUUCCGCAAGGUGUUGUCAGCGUGGGAGCACUUUCCCGAGUCCCUCAAACAACCUUUUGAUGCUACCGGACGUGAGCACAACAUAUGGAAGGGGAUGAAGGAAUGUUGUCUCUUUUACGUUCAGUCUUAUUUCGACAAUACUGGUCGUCCACCUGUCGUUCCUCACUUACUGUAUUCGGUCGCCUAG